AUGGCUCCUGCAGGGGGCUCCAGCUCGGGAGGAGGCACGAUGGGGAAGUGGGUGAGUGUAUUGAAUCCGUUGACGUGGAGAGAGCGAUUGGGGUUGGAUGCGCGGUCGUUUCUCUUCAUGCUGAAGGGGGCGUUGCCACCUACCAUUGUCAUCGCCAUAUCCCAAAGUAGCGCCAUAGCAGACAUCACGACGACGAUCGGGUACCUGGCGGCCCUGAUCUCGAUUCUAUCGCAGGCGCUGAUGCCCCGAGCCAAGUUCAUGAAGAUUGUGUUCUUUGACAUUUUUUCUGCAUGUGUAUCUUCGUCAUUGUGCUGUCUUGCGCUUUUUUGUGCCAUCAAGGCGCGAGAGCAUAACACGCCGGCCGAUGCUAGUUACAGUAGCGAGGCGUGUGCCGUGUCGGCCAUAUGGCUGAUUUUCAUGAUGUGGAUAUCAAACACGAUCCGUGCGUGGAGACCACAGGAGUUACAGGAUCCGAUGGUCGCUUUCUCUAUCUUUGCGCUGGUGACUCUUACUCGUGGUGGUAUGUUCACGAGUUUAUCGGAGGCACUCAGCUUCGUGGCUCGGCUAUUGAAGGGAUUCAUGAUCGGCUUUUCGAUCGCUAUUGGCGUUUCGCUUUUCAUCUUACCGAUCACAUGCAGAGGACAUGUCUUCCAGGACGUCAAAGGCUACGUCGCGCAGAUCGACGCGGUGCUGCAAGCCCAAAUCGGCUUCGUGAAGGGCACGUCGGAGGCCUGGACAGGCGGCCAGGGACUUCUGAAAAGGAGUCGCACGGCACGGAGUAUGCGAGAGAUGGAAAACCAUACCGAGGGAUCAGACCUGGAAUCGAAACAGAAACAGCUGACCGCGGCGAUCACCAAGCUGAACGCCCUGCACGGAAAAUUGCAGUCGGAUUUGAUGUACUCGAAGGAUGAAAUCGCCUGGGGCAAGCUCUCGGCGGAUGACCUGAUUAAGAUUGGAAAUCUGCUGCGAAGCCUUUUGCUGCCGCUGUCGGGGAUGGCAAUGCUGCCCGAUGUGCUCGAUAUGAUUAUCAAGCACGAAACGACGCGGAGUAAUAGUGUUGGAUCGCUGGAUGAUGAUGAGGAGCUGCCGCUGAAACAGUCUGAGAUCAAGAAGGUCACGGAGACUCUUGAAGAUCGGCUCGUAGAGUCUUCCCGACUGGUGACGGCAGGUCUGCAGUAUGUUCUGUUGACCCUGGAGCUCGUCAAACGGAAGACGAUGGAGAAACAACGCUCAGCCAGGGGCGAUGAAGAGGCGUCAGGCGAGAUGCUCAGCCCCCUGCAGGAUGAUUUUGCAUCGCGGUUUGCACGGGAAAUGCGCCAUUACCUGUCACGGCGCAAGGAUCUGACGAGAACAUUGGCCUCGCUGGAGGCAUUUUCCGUCGCGGAAAAACUGAACGACGCUUCGUCUGAGAAUGACACGAGAACCGUCGCGUCGGACCCGGAUGUCAAGCAGGAGUUUUUCCUCAUCCUAUACAUGGGUCACCUGCAGGAGAGCCUCCUGAAGGCCACGCUUGACAUGAUCCAGUUCGCAGAUGGCAAAGUCGAAGACGGCACAAUGAAGGGGAACCGACUGAUAUGCCCUCCGCUGAACACCAUCAUGCGAUGGUUCGCUCUCACCGAGAAGGAUGACCGCGCUGAGCCAGAUAGCAAACAAUCCUCGAGCAGUUAUGCCGAAAGCAAUGUCCGGAAACUCCCCGACCCCGAGCAUCUGCCCCCCGCGAACUGGUUCGAGAAGAGUAGUCUGGCGCUGCACUACCUGUCCCACUUCAUUCGGUCCGAGCAAAGUGUGUUCGGCUUCCGUGUUUCUGCAGCCGCGUUUUGCGUCGGUAUCCUGGCGUACCUGCGCCAGACACAGGAAUUCUUCGUCCACCAGCGGUGCAUCUGGGCGAUGAUUGUCAUUGUGAUUGGAAUGAACCCGACGAGUGGACAGACCAUGUUCGGCUUUAUCGCGCGCAUUGUGGCAACAGCUUUCUCGGUGGUCUUGAGUCUGAUUGUCUGGUAUAUCGUCGACGAGAAAACUCCGGGUGUCAUUGUGUUUCUCUAUCUGGCCAACGUGUUGGAGUACUACUUCUACGUCAAUUUCCCGCAAUACUUCGGUGCCUCCGUCGUCGCCAUCGUCACUCUAAACGUCAUCGUCGGCUACGAACUCCAGGUCCGCAAACUCGGCCUCGAGCUCGCCACCUCCAACGGCCAACCCUACUACCCAAUCUACCUCUUCGGACCCUACAAACUCGCCGCCGUCGCCGCGGGGUGCGCCAUCUCCUUCUUCUGGGUCAUCUUUCCAUACCCCAUAACCGCCAAAUCGACGCUCCGCAAAGCCCUGGGACGGGGUUUAUUCGUGCUCGCCAAAUUCUACAGCUGCAUGCACUCGACGAUCGAGCUCUGGCUGACCAGCGAGCUCGGCAACGAGGCGGACGUCCGGGCUGCGUCGCAGGAGCUCGAACGCGCGCGCCACAAGGUCUUCAGGGAGGAGAUGAUCCUCCUGAAUAGUCUGCGCAUGCAUAGCCAUUUCAGUACCUUUGAGCCCCCGAUCGGGGGCAAGUUUCCCAAGGAGACCUAUGAUCGCAUUAUCGCCCAGAUUCAGCGCGUGCUCAUGAGUAUGGCGCUCAUGGCGCAGACCACGCAGACGUUGGAUGCGUUGGCUGUUAAGACGCCGACGCCGAGUAAUACUAACAGCGAUGGCACCGCCUCUCCUGACCCAACCGCAGAUCCUGACACGGACGCCAACACCAACACCAACACCAACCCAUUCAAUCCCGAUCCGGAUGAUAAACAGAACGAUAGAUGGAUCUCCAACCUCGCCUCCAUAGCCCUCCACUCCUCCGACUUCAAAUCCCACAAAAUCUCCUCUCUGCUGUGCCACCUCUCCGCCUCCAUGAUGAACGCGCAGCCGCUCCCCCCCUACCUCGCCCCGGUAGAUUCCUUCCCCCUCGCCCGCGAGAUGCAGCGCAUCGACGGCGAGCUGCUGAAUAUCCGGCACGUGGAGGAUCCGGCCUUCUCGGCAUUUGUGUGUCUGGAGGUGUUGAGGUCCGUCGUCAGUUUUGGGGUGGGCGAUUUGUUGGGGAAUGUGAAAAGUCUAGUUGGCGAACUGAGUUUCGAUUUCCGGGUUAGACAUGUUUUGGAUCGUGAGGAGGUGGAGAGGUUGAUUGGGGAUGGAGACGAAGACCAUCACACUAGAGAUGAGGAGUAA